CCCGCGUCGCGACAAACAGGUUGAUUUGUCACCCUCCGCGAAGAUGAUGGGAUUCACCAGAAAUUACCUCGUGAGCCUGUUCCUCUACGUCUUUAUUGUCAACGAGAUUCGUCAGCCUGCGGUGACGUGCCAAGAUGAAGAAGGCAGCCAAUGCAUACCAAAGAAGACCUUCCUGGCGUUGCUGCGUUUACCGGAAGUCAGCUCGAAUCUGGCGGCAUACUCGAGGACGGCAAGGAUUAUUCAGGAGACGAAGAACCACAACGAUAUAGCUCAUUUGAAGGCUCUCAGUUCCGAGGAGAACGACGACGCUGAGAUCUGCAUACCGGGCGGUCUCUAUUUGGAGCUCUUCAAGGAUCCGGCAUUACGUGGUCAUCUCAGCGUAAUGGCGCGUACCCACAAAUUGCCCGAAUUUCCCGGACGUCUUCUGGACGACAGCGAGGAGAUCGACUCGCGAGACCUGAUCCCCGAAUCGGAAAAACGCAGUCUCGCCACUUUGGCCAAGAACGACGACCUGCCGGUCACCAUUCAGGAACGCGAGGACGACGAUGACGAAGAGAAGAGAAGCAUUCCUUCCAGCGGCGAUGCGGACAGCCUGAUGCGCAUAUUACUGGGCGACGAUUAUCAUCGACGAGGGGCUGGUGUCUACGACUACCUGGGCGACCUGGAUCCAGAAGUGAUCGAGUAUCCAUUGGACAAACGUAACAUCGGCUCCCUGGCGCGAGACUUCGCGCUGCCUACGGGCAGACGUCACAUUGGUUCGGUGGCACGUGAUUACGGUCUACCAAAUGGUAAGAGGAACAUCGGCUCUUUGGCCAGGCAGAGCAUGCUGCCGCCGAACGGCAAGAGAAAUAUCGGUUCUCUGGCGAGAUACUCCAUGCUGCCGACGGGUAAAAGGAAUGUCGCCGCGCUGGCCAGGGAUUCCUCUCUGCCCUACGGUAAGCGAUAUCUCGGCUCGUUGGUCCGAAACGGUGGCUAUCCGGUCCGCGGAUACGACGACGGCAAGCGCAACGUCGCCUCGUUGGCCAGGAACGCCGACUGGCCCGGUUUCGUGAAGCGAGGUGGCACCGCGCCAGGCAGGAUGAUGGUCCGGGUAUUAAACCGCCAUGGGAGAUCCUUGAGCGACGAUCGCGAAGCGCAGAGCGAGCCUUUGGACCUCCAGCAGCUCAUCAGGCAAGGCUACGACAAUGGAAACGACGCCGCGGCGAACGUCGCCAGCGAUUGGACCACCCCUUUCAGCGUCUCGGAGAAUCUGGACGAGAGCAGGGCGAAGAACAGGUCGAACAGGAGAAUCGAUGCCGCGUUGCAAGCGAGGCACAAACGGCAGAUCGACUUUUCCGAUGAGUAUCCGCUGCCCGUUGUGCAGAACACCAACAUGCUCGACUACGAGGACAUGAUGGAGGCGUUGACCGAUCAUUAUCCGAACGCGGAGAAGAGGUUCAUGGGUUCCGCGCCGGAGAUGCCGGCCGACUCGGGCUACCCUGAAGUAUUGCCACCGAGUAAGAGACAUAUCGGGGCCCUCGCACGCCUCGGCUGGCUCCCGUCGUUUCGUACACCACGAUUCUCUCGGUCACCGCGAUAUCUGGUCGAAAGGGAGGAUCCCGCAGAUGGGUCCUCGUCCAACUACACCCCCAACGCGUCGGCUCGGUCGCUAAGACCGAUGUUCACCCCGAAGACCCGCUACCUGCACGGAGAUUGUCGACGUGGAUUUCGUCCUCUUACCAGACAUCGAUAACUUCCUGCGGACGUCGAACUCCCGCGUCGCGUCCCGUAUCAUGUAAAAGAUCCCAUCGCUUUGCUGCUCGUCCAAGGCGGCGACAUCGUACAAAUUACGUUUUACACAUCGGGUUCAUGGCGAUUUUACUCAGCGAAUGAAAAGAAGAGUGAAAGAAAACGGAUGUAAAUAUUCGGAUCUUGAGUCUGACGUUCUUCCUUACUGGCCACUGAUCAUCCCUUGUCAACGGUAGAUAUCCACAAACGUCUGUUUCGAUCAUUAAUAAUCAAGUAACGAUCUGUUAGUAUCAGUAAGAAUAAUAAUAAUAAUAAUAAUAAUGAUAAAAUAAUAAUAAUAGAAAUUAUUUUAAAAAUUGGUAUCGAUCAAUCAAAAUUGAAAACAAUAGAACAAUAAUGGGAGUAAGGAAAUUCGUCACGCAAUUUAAUCAGCGAUUAGUUCAUAGACUCAUUGAGAAGAAUUAAUUCUUAUUGAAGAAUGGCUCCAUCGAUGGACAAUAAGCUUACUGCUCGCCGACAAUAAUAGUCUCACGUAAUCCUAAUGUGACGCCUUAAAUGUGCCGUCUGUAUUGAACAGAUUUUAAAUUGUUAUGCGGAAAGAGUGUAUGUCUGAAAGAAAAAAGAUUUCAAUUCGCAGACAGGUUUUUCUCGCUCAAACAAAAAAAAAA